CAAAUAUGUGACAUGGAAAUAUAAACUUUAUCCUUCAUGUUUCAUAUCAUUUGGACAUCUGGACAAUUGACAUUAUGGGAAGUAACAAGGCGGAGACAACCAAACAGAAUCUCUGAAGAAAAAUACUUCCUUUUAUUUGUUGAAUAUUCUCUUGAACAUUCCACACACCGAAAGGAUCGCGUGGCUGGAACAACUGUGUGUGUUGUGAUGCGUUUUCUCUAUCUUUUAUCUAGUGUCAGUUUAGAUUAUUUGAGUAAGAUUUGUGCGAUUCUAGAAUGGCUCGCUUCGAAGAGGAACUAUCUAACCGGCGUGGAGGGGUCUGUCAAGCGGGCCCACCAAGAGUGGCAGGUAGGCCAGCAGGCCCCCCAAGCGGCCCUAGGGUGUACAAACAAUCAAUGGCCCAACGAGCCAGGACAAUGGCCAUUUACAACCCCAUCCCUGUCAAGCAGAGCUGUCUUACUGUCAACCGGUCUCUAUUCAUCUUUAGUGAGGACUGUAUCAUACGGAAAUAUGCCCAAAAGAUUACCGAAUGUCCAUUUGAAUACCUGAUCCUGGCCACCAUUAUAGCCAACUGCAUCGUCCUUGCCUUGGAGCAGCACCUACCAGCCAGCGACAAGACCCCCAUGUCAGAGCGCUUGGAUGACACAGAGCCCUAUUUUAUUGCAAUAUUUUGUUUUGAAGCUGGCAUUAAGAUCAUCGCCCUUGGUUUUGCGUUUCACAAAGGCUCCUAUCUUCGGAAUGGCUGGAAUGUAAUGGACUUUGUGGUGGUACUAACAGGGAUGCUGGCUACAGUGGGAGCAGACUUUGACUUGAGAACUCUGAGGGCAGUACGGGUCCUGAGGCCACUGAAACUGGUGUCUGGAAUCCCUAGUCUUCAGGUAGUUCUAAAGUCCAUCAUGAAAGCCAUGGUGCCUCUGCUGCAGAUUGGCAUGCUGCUCUUCUUCGCUAUCCUCAUGUUCGCCAUCAUCGGCCUGGACUUUUACAUGGGCAAGUUCCACCGGACCUGYUUCAGGACUGAUACAGGUGAGCAGGCAGCAGAGUUCCCCUGUGGUUUGGAGGCUCCAGCGAGGACCUGUGAAAAUGGAACUGUGUGUCAGGAAUACUGGAUCGGCCCCAACUACGGCAUUACCAACUUUGACAACAUCCUCUUUGCUAUUCUGACCGUCUUCCAGUGCAUCACCAUGGAGGGAUGGGUGGACAUCCUCUAUAACGCCAACGAUGCCUCAGGGAACACCUGGAACUGGAUCUACUUCAUCCCCCUCAUCAUCAUCGGAUCCUUCUUCAUGCUCAACCUGGUCCUGGGAGUCCUGUCUGGGGAGUUUGCCAAGGAGCGUGAGCGUGUGGAGAAGAGGCAGGAGUUUCUGAAGCUUCGCAGGCAGCAGCAGAUCGAGAGGGAGCUGACUGGAUACCUGGAAUGGAUAUGCAAGGCAGAGGAGGUGAUGCUGGCAGAGGAGGACAAGCAUGCUGAAGAGAAGUCUCCUCUGGAUGGAGCGUGGUACAAGAGGAAACACAACAACCCAGUGUUAAAAAGAGCCAAGAAGAGCAAGCAUGACCUGAUCAACGCUGAGGAGGGCGAAGACCACUUCACUGACAUCUCAUCUGUUGGGUCUCCGUUCACCCGGGCUGCUCCCCCAGGGUCUCCGUUCACCCGGGCCAGCCUGAUGAGCAGCAAGAACGACAGUGCUUACUACUUCCGGAGGAAAGAGAAGCGGCUCCGCUUCACCAUCAGACGCCUGGUCAAGGCCCAAAGCUUCUACUGGACAGUCCUGUGUCUGGUGGGCCUCAACACACUGUGUGUGGCCAUCGUCCAUUAUGACCAGCCUGAGUGGCUCACCUAUGCGCUGUAUUUGGCAGAGUUUGUAUUCCUGGGCUUAUUUCUGACUGAGAUGUCCAUGAAAAUGUAUGGACUAGGACCUAGGAACUACUUCCAUUCCUCUUUCAAUUGUUUUGAUUUUGGAGUGAUUAUAGGCAGUAUUUUUGAGGUGAUCUGGGCAGUUGUGAAACCUGGGGCCUCCUACGGCAUCAGCGUCCUGCGAGCUCUCCGUCUGCUCAGGAUUUUCAAAGUCACUAAGUACUGGAACUCUCUGAGGAACCUGGUGGUCUCUUUACUGAACUCCAUGAAGUCCAUUAUCAGCCUGCUCUUCCUCCUCUUCCUCUUCAUCGUGGUGUUCGCCCUACUGGGCAUGCAGCUCUUUGGGGGAAUGUUUAAUUUUGAAGAGGAGACACCAACAACAAACUUCGACACCUUUCCAGCAGCCAUUCUCACAGUUUUCCAGAUUCUGACAGGAGAGGACUGGAAUGCGGUGAUGUAUCAUGGGAUAGAGUCCCAGGGGGGCGUGCGCCGGGGAAUGUUCUCCUCCAUCUACUUCAUCGUUCUCACCCUGUUUGGAAACUACACUCUGCUCAAUGUCUUCUUGGCCAUCGCUGUUGACAACCUUGCAAACGCACAGGAGCUCACUAAGGACGAGGAGGAGCAGGAGGUGGCCAUCACUAAGAAAAUGGCCCUCCAGAAAGUCAAGGAGGUGAAGGAGGUCAGCCCCAUGUCGGCAGCUAACAUCUCCAUCACAGCUUUUGUAAAGCAAAGUCGAGGUGCACUCUCUCGCAGCUCGUCCGUCUGCAGCGUUAAUUCACUUAAGGAGCAGCAGAAGUCUCUGAAGAUGAUGUCAGUGUGGGAGCAGCGCACCACUCAGCUGAGGAGACACAACCUGCGGGCCAGCAGUGAGGCCCUGUACAGCGAGCUGGACCCUGAGGAGAGGCUACGCAUGUCCUCCGCCCUGCACAUCCGCCCUGACAUGAAGACCCACCUGGACCGGCCCCUGGUUGUGGAGCCCCACGACGGCCCCGGCCCCAUGGGCCACCUCAAGCACCGGACCCCUAAGGAGACAGAUAACCCUGGGGACCCGGCCGGCCCCCAGCCACAUAGGCGCCACCGGGACAGGGAGAGACCCAUYGACGAGGCCAAUGAGAAUGGAGAUCCAGGCAAAGAGGGUAGGCACCAUGUCCAUCACAGUCACAGCAAGGACCCCAACGGGACUCGGAGUAAGGAGGGGAAGAGUGAGAGGUCGCACAGCCGAGAGGGUGGCAGGAGGCACCACCACCAGACCUCAGUGGACGAGGGAGGUGGAGGGGGAACUGGGACGGGAGAGAGAGAGCACCGCCACCACCACUCCCACAGACAGGCCAGAGAGGGUAACGGCACUGUCAACAGCGGACGCAAGGAUGAGCGCAGGUCACGCCACAAAGAUGGCCGCUCAGGAGAGAGAUGCUCCAGGGGAGAGAACGGGGCCAAUGGGGAGAGGAGGAGACAGAAGACCCACAGUUACAGGGGCCAGUCCACACUGAAGGGAGAGGAGCACAGCGAGAGGGAGAGGGGGAAGAGCCACAGGGACAGAUAUGUGGAGUCUGAGGGCGACUCCAUGGCCACUAGCACCCAGCAGGACCCUGGAGAUCAGAGGUGGGGCACAGAGAUACCUGAGGACUCAGACAACCAGAGGAACGUCAGACGGACAGGACGGACGGCCAUCCACAUCCCCCCUGUCACCAUCACCUCCCCGCCUGGGGAAACCCCCCUUCUCCCCAUGAACAGUAUAGACUGUGAGACCAUGCCUAUGAACGAGGAGAAGAAGACCCUGGAGGCGUUGACUCGGACCGGACCCAGACCCAUCCUCCCCUACAGCUCCAUGUUUGUGUUUGGCCAGACCAACAUGGUGCGGCGUCUGUGUCAUUACAUUGUGAGCCUGCGGUACUUUGAGAUGUGUAUCCUGGUAGUGAUAUCUAUGAGUAGCAUUGCAUUGGCUGCUGAGGACCCUGUCCAGGCCAACGCUCCACGCAACAAUGUGCUCAAGUAUCUGGACUAUGUCUUUACGGGAGUUUUCACAUUUGAGAUGGUGAUUAAGAUGGUUGACCUGGGCCUUCUGCUCCAUCCUGGUUCUUACUUCAGAGAUCUCUGGAACAUUCUGGACUUCAUUGUGGUCAGUGGAGCACUGGUGGCAUUUGCAUUUUCAGGGUCCAAAGGAAAGGACAUCAGCACCAUCAAGUCCCUUAGAGUUCUGCGAGUCUUACGGCCCCUCAAGACCAUCAAGCGCCUGCCAAAGCUGAAGGCUGUGUUUGACUGUGUGGUCAACUCCCUGAAGAACGUCUUCAACAUCCUCAUUGUCUACAUGCUCUUCAUGUUCAUCUUCGCUGUCAUCGCUGUGCAACUGUUCAAGGGAAAGUUCUUCUACUGUUCCGAUGAGUCCAAGGGACUGGAGAAGGACUGCAGAGGUAAUUUCCUGGACUACGAUAAGGAUGAGGUGGCYGCCCAGCCUCGGGUGUGGAAGAAGUAUGAGUUCCACUAUGACAACGUGCUGUGGGCCUUCCUCACUCUCUUCACUGUGUCCACCGGAGAGGGCUGGCCCGAUGUUCUGAAGCACUCUGUGGACGCUACCUUAGAGGACCAGGGUCCCAGUCCAGGCUACCGUAUAGAGAUCUCCAUCUUCUACGUGGUCUACUUCGUGGUCUUUCCCUUCUUCUUCGUCAACAUCUUUGUGGCCUUGAUCAUCAUUACCUUCCAGGAGCAAGGGGACAAGGCCAUGUCAGAGUGCAGCCUGGAGAAAAAUGAGAGGGCCUGCAUUGACUUUGCCAUCAACGCCAAGCCACUGACGCGUUACAUGCCAGAGAACGUGCAGUCCUUCCAGUAUCGGAUGUGGAAGUUUGUGGUGUCACCCCCGUUUGAGUACGCCAUUAUGAUCAUGAUCGCCCUGAACACCGUGGUGCUCAUGAUGAAGUUCCAUGGAGCUCCAGACUUCUACGAAGCCAUGUUGAAGCACUUCAACAUCGUCUUCACUGCCCUCUUCUCUCUGGAGUGCAUUCUGAAGAUCAUCGCCUUCGGACCACUGAACUACCUGAAGGAUGCCUGGAACGUGUUUGACUUUGUGACCGUGCUGGGAAGUAUAACUGACAUCGUGGUCACAGAAAUUAAUACAACGGACCGGCUUUUGAACCUGAGUUUUCUGAGGCUGUUCAGAGCAGCUCGUCUCAUCAAACUUCUGAGGCAAGGCUACACCAUCCGUAUCCUGUUGUGGACCUUCGUCCAGUCCUUUAAGGCCCUGCCCUAUGUUUGCCUUCUGAUAGCAAUGCUGUUCUUCAUCUAUGCCAUCAUCGGUAUGCAGGUGUUCGGAAACAUUGAGCUCAACGAGGACACAGCCAUCACUCACCACAACAACUUCCGCACUUUUCUUCAGGCCCUCAUGCUGCUGUUCAGGAGUGCCACAGGGGAGGCGUGGCAUGAGAUCAUGCUGUCGUGUUUGAGUCACAGAGCCUGUGAUGAGAGGUCAGGCAACCUGGGGAAGGAGUGUGGCAGUGACUUUGCCUAUUUCUACUUUGUGUCCUUCAUCUUCCUCUGCUCUUUCCUGAUGCUUAAUCUGUUUGUGGCUGUGAUCAUGGAUAACUUUGAAUACCUGACUCGAGACUCUUCUAUACUGGGGCCUCAUCAUCUGGAUGAGUUCAUCCGUGUUUGGGCUGAGUACGACCCUGCUGCCUGUGGCCGUAUCAAGUACCUCGAUAUGUAUCAGAUUCUCCUCCACAUGUCCCCACCCUUAGGUUUGGGAAAGAAAUGUCCGCCAAGAGUCGCCUACAAGCGGCUAGUCAAGAUGAACAUGCCCAUCGCCGAUGACAACACAGUCCACUUCACCUCUACACUCAUGGCCCUGAUCCGGACGGCCCUGGAGAUCAAACUGGCCUCAGGGAUGGUUGCCCAGCGUCUCUCUGAUGCUGAACUGAAGAAAGAGCUCUCACAGAUUUGGCCAAGCCUCUCACAGAAGACUAUGGAUCUGUUGGUGACACCACACAAACCCAAUGAGCUUACUGUUGGGAAGGUGUAUGCAGCCCUGAUGAUCUUUGACUACUACAAGCAGAACCGAGCCAAGAGGCUCAAGGAACAGCAACAGCAGCAGCAGCAACAGAAUGCUACUGGCUCCCAGGGGAAGGUUAGGGCUCUGUUUAAACCAAUGCUGCCCCUGACUCACAAGCAGGAAAAAGUGAAGGAGAAGGCCAUGACCAACGUGGAGCCUCCCUGUGAGCUACUGCCUCAGCCUCAGUCUCAGGCCCUACCUACACCCAGUUCCACCCUGCUCAACAACGGAGGCACACUGCCAGGCCAUGAUGGCACCAUGAAAGGAUCAUCCUCCUGGGUGUCAGAGAAGUCUAGAGAGGUCCACAGACCCAGGAAUAAGACACCUGUCCAAGUGGGCCAGUCUGAGGAUGUCCCAAACCUAACCAUCCCCCAGGAGUCAGUGGAGAUGAGGAAGAUGGACACCAGUUGCAGUACAGUGCCUGGUCCUGGGUCUGGACUGGAGAGCCAGGGAAGAGCUGUGUCCAUGCCCCGCCUCAACGCAGAGCUGCAGAGGAGCAAGUCGCGCCACUCCCCGGGGACCCUGUUGGCACCAGUUCCUGACUGCAGCCCAAUGAAACGCUCUGCGUCCACCCACGCCCCCCAGCGCCCCCAGGAGGUGAACCUGCAUGAAUACACCCUGGAGAGGCCCAGCACCCAAGAAAGGCCUCACCAUCACCACCACCACCACCGCUGCCACCACCACCGAGAGAGGGACAAGAAGCAGCRGUCACUGGACAGGACGCCAAGCACCAUUGGUGCACCAGGAGACCCGGCUGCAGAGCCCUCGUCUAGAGACAGAGUGCAGGACCGCGGCCGCUCCCAUGAGAGGAAGAACCACUCGACGGCGGGGGAGAAGCAGCGCUACUACUCUUGCGAUCGCUACAGCAGCAGGGAACACUGCCACACCACCAAGUCUGCCACCACCAGCUGUGCCACCUCCCCCAGCGAGGUGCAGGAACCCAGCAUCAACAAGCAGGGUAGUGGUUCGGUUAGAGGCAGCCCAGUGAUGUUGACCUCAGGGGCUAUCACACCUAGCCGUGGACGCAGGCAGCUCCCACAGACCCCCCUGACCCCCCGCCCCGGGGUGACGUUCAAGACCGCAAACUCCUCCCCUGUGCACUUUUUGUCUGCCCAGUGUGGCAGCGGCCUGCCCACCCUGAGUCCUGGCCGGCUGAGCCGUGGGCUGUCUGAGCACAACGCCCUGCUGCAUAGUGGCACCUAUCACAUCCCCUCCCCCAUCACCCGCAUCAGCUCUGAGCCCUUCCUGGGCUACAGUCACAAUGACCCCCAGUGCCAGGGUAGCCCGUACUGCAACCUCCGGGAUGAGCUGCUGAGCCCUUAUGCUGCCAGAGCACGCUCCCCUCGGACUCCACGUCCUCAAAUGAGGCCGGGGGCCCUCCACCUGCCUCCGCCACCCCAGCAGAGACGUGCGGUGCCCAACGGAUACCACUUUACCUUCGGUGGUAAUGGCAACGCCAGCCUGGGCUCUGGCUCUGGUGCCAGGCCACCCAGGUACUAUCGCGAGGCAGAGGAGGAUGAAUGGUGCUAGCAUGGCUUUGAACAGAUGUUUUUAAUGCAUUUUGAGGAAUCGUGAUGAGUUUUAUCAUCUUUUUUGAAGGCUUUAGUUUACACUGUUGCUGUAUGAUAAGCUAAUUAUGGGAAAUAAAUUAUGGAGGGUUGGAAUUCAUUUGAAUGUGAACGAAACAGCAGCAUUUUUAGGACCUGGAUGAACAUGAAAGUGGAUGUGGAUUCGGUGAAUUGUUGGUAAUUCAGUUGGAUCUGACCAACUGUAAGGUGUCUUAUGCACUGAAGACAAUGGCAUUUUUCAUUGAGGGUACUUUUGCUUUGCUUCUUUAUCAAAUGUAAUUAUUUUUCAGUCUUGAUAGUGGCCCAGAUAGUGGCAUAAGAAACCCUCCUACAGGUACACACAGUAGAGAUGGGUGAGCAGCAGCCCUCUUUGCUGUCUCUGCGAUGAGCAGAGUGAUCGGCUCAAUGGAAAGUCCCAUUACAAUACCUAGACACUGUUAAGCACGUGUAAUAACACAUGAUUAGGAAAUACUUAUUGAAACUUCCCUAAGAAACACACUGGAAAAUAUCCCAAACAGCUAUUGCUUUGCUUUGGGACUCUUACCAUUCGAUAAUAUAAAGGGAUUUACAGUAGCUCAAUCCAUUAUAUGGCAUUCCCUUCCUGUCAGAAGAUACAGCCUGAUAGAGCAGAGGGAUCGAUGCUGUCAUUCCAGACAAUGAUUGUUGAUUUGCUGCUGUUUAACCAUCAAACUUAACUACCACUACUAGAGAGAAAUUAGGAAUGGAAAUUAAAUGUUAUUUGUUUUAUAUAAAACUAUUGUAGAUGUUAUCUUUUCACUGUCUGCAUUUUUUGUAUGAUGUAAAAACCACUUUGUUUAUGUAAAUUGCUUACAGUUUGUCAUAAUUUCAGGUCUGUUUCUUACAUACUCUCUGCUUCCAAUGUUUAAUACAAAGUGCCUAUCCUUUUUAGAUAUACUGUAGUAAAGAUGCAAAGUCAACCGUUUUUGGAAAGCGUCAACACUUAAGUAGUUUGUUCAAAUGGCUAGUUCUGCAGGAGAACAAGAUGUACAGCCAGCCUUAUCUGAGAAACGCUAACUUUUAUUUGAGAAAAAAAUUACAUUUGAAUGGAAAUGACUAAUUACCUUAUGAUUGCUGAUAUUUUUCUUGUUUAAUUGUCUUUUUGGUAAAUAUAUUUAAUCAAUUUGAGGGGUACAAUGAAAGCUAGUGCAAAAGCAUAUUUCACGAACACUUAACAAACAUGCAUUAACUGCAUUAGUAGCAUAUCAGUUCAGUUAGGAAGACAUUAUCAGAGUAACACAACUGCAUGUUUCAAUCAUAAACCUGGUUGACAACAGUUAUGAAGAUGUAGUAGUGUAUAUUUAUUUUCCUUGUGAGGAUACUCAACUGCGAUAGCAUUGCAACCUCUGUAUAGCCUUCUGUUUCAAUGUUAGAACUGCGGACUUAGUAAAGAACAUAAGGAAUCUGAUGAUAAACAAACAGUGUGCACUUUUUGGAUGGAUGUGCUUGAGAAGCAAAGAUUAAUACAGAUCCCUGAUGAGAGAGUGUGUUGAGUUGGGGCCCUAGCACCAGCACACCGGACCCCUCUGUGUCUCUCAAUUGGCUCAGACCCCUCUGUGGUAAGGUUUAAGUCUCCCCAUUGGCUCGGACCCACGUGACUAAGAUCUGCCCCCCGAUCUAAGCUUCCAUUUUUAAGAAGAGCAUUUCCCAGCUGUCAGAUUAUAAUAUAGAUCUGGUUCACACCUUCUAUCUUUCUAUCUACCCAUCCCAUGAUAACCGCUGAUGUUGAUGGUUCACAUCUGCCUCUAAAAAGCUAAAAAUAUUAUACAUGGACAGUAAUAUGUAUACAUGGACAGUAAUAUAAUAUCAUGGAAAAUGUUGCCCUGGGAUGGAUGAUCCAAUUUUUGGAUAGCUAAAAGAUUCUGCUCUUUUCUAUUCUACAGUACAUUGGGGGUGGAAUGUAGCAAGGUAUGCUGUAUUAAGGAUGCUCUACUCCAGUGAAGGUGUUGCUCAAUUAUUGAUAGUAACGGAGAUACUGUAGGUUGGACCAGGUGUUGCCAUGACCACACACUCGUCUGGGUUCUGUACUGCAUAUUUCCCAGAAGCAGGGUUUUGAUGACAGGGAAAGUAGGGCUAUGCAACAAGACACUAAGGUCAUGUACUUCAUCCAUUCUGUAGCUUUACGGGCUGAGAUCUCCAGAUUCAUUCUUCAGCAUGAUUGUGACCAAAUGUUUUAUAUAAAAAGUUUUUUUAUUUUAUUAUAAAAAUGUAUUUAAAAAUGCAUUAGGCACAACGAGUAAAGCGGAAAUUCAUAAAGUAUUUAGAAAUACAGCAACUUCUAUAUAUUUGCAUGCAUACAAUUUGCCCAUUUUGAUGAUGUCAAGAGGUAAACCUGUGUCUUAAAAAGGAAGUAAACAAUGUUAUGUUUAUUUYUAUCUGUUCCGUGUCAGGUCACCUGAGAGGGGUGAUCGCUUCAGAGGAGGGUGUUCAGAAAUAUUGAAUAAACUGUAAUGGUUUAAUUUUGUAUAAGACAGGAACAAAUUCUCCACAUUAUUGUACAGAUACAUUAAUUGAUUACCCCUUGACAUGUUGCCAUAGUGGGUCAAAAACAUACAUAUACUAUCAGUCUCUUCCUUCAUCUCUGUGGCCUCUGUAUUAUUUAUUUCAGAAGAAACAUAUCCACACCCUAGUCUCUAACAGUUGGUUGCCAAACAUUGAACUGUUCCUAUUUCUUGUUCUGCAAACCAACUGCAGUGUACAUGUGGCUUCUGGAGAAAAUAAUGUUUGCAUGUUCUGACAAUGUAUGUGCAUGUAAAUGUUAGUACUUUUUGAUACCAUCUGUUCAUUUCUUGUUCAUUUUUACUGAUCUUUGAUAUAAACUGUGGGGUUUGUUGAAAAAAAAACUUUAUAUAAAAACAGUAUUGAACAAUGUUGAUAGUUCCAGCCAUGCAACAGAGCUGGAACAUUAUUUGGGUCUUGAAAGUGAGUUGUUUGUUGCCUGAUUAUGUUUAUUGGCCAGACUUAGAAUUCUGAAGUUGUUUCUACAUUUACAUUUUGUAUGCAACCAAGUUCCUUGAAUUAAAAAUAUCAUA